GUGAUCGACCGUCACAGACUGACAGUUCAGAGAAUUUUAUUGUGUGACUAAUUUCAGGGAAUGUAAAAAUAUUUUUAUAUGUUUUCAUUUCAUCGUUUCUUUCUCAAAAAUUAAAAUCAUUUGGAGUGUUGUUAUUGUGUUUCAAUAAUAGUUCAUUGGAUACUGUGAGAUAAGAAAAACGAUAAAUGAGAUAAUUGUAAGACUUCCCACAGUUGAAUUGUAGUAUUCGACGGCACUGAUGUUGGCAGUGAGGAUGCAGUGACUUAUAGCAUGCCCAUGAUUAAGUUAACUUGCAGUGACAAUCAACAUGACUGAAAGUGUACCUGCACUGACUGCCCCUAUUUCUCUGUCAACAUAUCAUCAACUCAGUUUAACAGUUGAAUCAGCAAAUAUAAAAAAUUCUGGGAUAUUUAAACCAAACCCCUACCUACAAGUGAUAAUAGAUGAUAAAAUAUCAAGAAAAACUGAAGUAAUAAGAAACACUCUACAUCCCAAAUGGAAAGAAGAUCUCACUGUUCUGGUGACCCCACAGUCACAACUGUUGUUCCGGCUUGCAGAUUAUCAUAGCUUUAGAAAAGAUAAUGUGAUAGGAGAGAAAAGAAUUAAUCUGCUCAGAGUUUUGUUAUACUGCAAUGGGAAAUGUGAAAGUGUGGAAUUAACAAUAGAUUUAAUGAAGUCUGCAUCUCAAGAGAGCACAAGCAAUGGCAGUGCGGAGGUUAAAUCGGCAGAAUUGGUGGUACUUCUUGAUGGUUUAUCCAUUGAUCCCAGCGUUUUGCGGCAAUCACAUGAGCUGUUGGGUGAGACUGUGAACUCGUGCAGUCCUCUUAAUGACGGAGUGCGCGCCAGAAUCAGAACGCGUAAUAAUCCAGAGACCAUGAGAUCUAUUUUGCGUUCACAAACAUUAAGACCUCCACCUGGCCCUCCGCCUUUAAGCAACGGCGCGGUGCACGGCAUGUCGACUUCUACUGGAGUAACAUUGGCAGCAGAGAGUGCAGCCGGCCCAUCACAUCAAGAGCCUUCGGGAUCACACGACACUAACGCCAUACAACCGACUGCCGGUGCUAAUUACCCUAAUGCUGCCGAAGAACCCUUACCUGCCGGAUGGGAAAUGCGCUACGACGUUUAUGGCCGACGGUAUUAUGUGGACCACAACACGCGUUCGACUUCGUGGGAGCGGCCACAACCGCUGCCGGUGGGGUGGGAGGUGCGGCGCGACCCGCGCGGGCGCGUGUACUACGUGGACCACAACACGCGCACCACCACGUGGCAGCGGCCCGACACGGAGCGGCUGGCGCGCUUCCAGCACUGGCGCGGCGAGCGGCGCCACGUGGUCGCGCAGGGCAACCAGCGCUUCCUCUACCCGCACCCGCAGCCGCCGCACCAGCCCGACGCUGACGCCGACCUCGGCACGCCAAGCAGUAGUAGUGCGGGCACUGCGGCGGCAGCGGGCACGGCGCCCAGUAUCGCUGCGGGGGCCGCGGGCGCCGGCGGCGGGGCGGGAGGGGCGCCGGGCGGCCCCGCGCCCGCCGACGACGGGCUCGGCGCACUGCCCGCCGGCUGGGAGCGGCGCGUGCAACCCGAUGGACGCGUCUACUACGUCAAUCACAAAAACAGGACUACGCAGUGGGAGGACCCGCGUACGCAGGGUCAAGAAGCCUUGGAGGAAGCUCUGCCACCAGGGUGGGAAAUUCGUUUCACCGAAGAGGGCACGAGAUAUUUCGUGGAUCACAACACGCGCACCACUACAUUCCAGGACCCUAGGCCCGGCGCUCCCAAGGGACCACAAGGAGCUUAUGGCGUGCCUAGAGCCUACGAACGAUCGUUUAGAUGGAAACUUAGUCAAUUCAGAUAUCUUUGUCAAAGCAAUGCUUUACCCAGUCAUAUCAAAAUCACUUUGUCGCGACAAACGCUCUUUGAAGAUUCUUAUCACCAGAUUAUGAAGUUACCCGCCUACGAAUUGCGCAGACGUCUGUACAUAAUAUUUAGAGGGGAGGAGGGGCUCGACUACGGAGGCGUCAGUCGAGAAUGGUUCUUCUUGCUUUCGCACGAAGUCCUUAAUCCGAUGUAUUGUCUAUUUGAAUACGCAAAUAAAAACAAUUACAGCUUGCAAAUAAAUCCAGCCAGCUACGUCAACCCAGAUCAUCUUCUAUACUUCAAAUUCAUAGGAAGGUUUAUAGCAAUGGCUCUGUACCACGGUAGAUUCAUCUACUCAGGAUUCACUAUGCCGUUUUACAAGCGAAUGUUGAAUAAGAAACUGACCAUGAAAGACAUCGAAUCCAUCGAUCCAGAAUUUUAUAACUCUUUAGUGUGGAUCAAAGAUAAUAAUAUAGAUGAAUGCGGACUCGAGAUGUGGUUCAGUGUGGAUUUUGAAGUGUUGGGUCAAGUAAUACAUCAUGAACUUAAGCCUCUCGGUGAUAAGGAAAGAGUUACUGAGGCAAAUAAAGAACAAUAUCUCCAAUUGGUCACUCAAUGGCGAAUGACUCGAGGAAUAGAAGAACAAACAUCUGCUUUUCUAGACGGCUUUAAUGAGGUGGUCCCUUUGGAGUGGUUGAAAUAUUUUGAUGAACGUGAGCUGGAAUUGAUGCUAUGCGGCAUGCAAGAGGUCGACGUAGACGACUGGCAGAGAAACACAAUAUACAGACAUUACACACGGUCUAGCAAGCAAGUGCUUUGGUUUUGGCAGUUCGUGCGACAAAUGGACAAUGAGAAACGAGCCCGACUACUUCAGUUCGUGACAGGAACUUGCAGAGUUCCCGUGGGAGGGUUUGCUGAACUUAUGGGUUCGAACGGGCCACAACGAUUUUGUAUUGAAAAGGUUGGAAAAGACACUUGGCUGCCACGUUCGCACACUUGCUUUAAUCGCCUGGACUUACCACCGUAUAAAAGUUACGAACAAUUAUGCGAGAAACUUAAUUAUGCUAUUGAAGAAACCGAAGGUUUUGGUCAGGAAUAAAGAAACUAUUUGUACUAUUACUACUAGCCUUAGUAAAUAUUUGUAAAUUAUUAUCACGUAAUGUUAUUGCACCAUCUCCAUACAGAGGAAUUAUUCACCAUUGGAAUUGGUGCUGUCUAAAAAGACCAACCAAAUAAUUACAUAUAUGAAUAUUUUGUAACAAAAGCUAAUUAUUAUUAUUAUGUAGAUACUAGUAUAUUGUCAGUUGUGUAAGAUAUAUUUGUUUGAACUGUAUUUAACAAAGUUCGUCUAUGAAGUUCAAUAAAUAAUUUUUAAAUAUUG